AUGUACGGUGGACAUCAUCAUCAUCAUGGAGGUUUCGGCGGUGGAGGUUUUGGUGGUGGUGGUAUGGGUGGAGGUUAUGGCGAUCCAUACGGAGGUAUGGGUGGUGGUUACGGUGGUGGCAUGGGCGGUAUGGGUGGAGGUUUUGGAGAUCCAUACGGAGGUAUGGGUGGUGGAUACGGUGGUGGUAUGAAUGGUGGCAUGGGUGGUAUGGGUAUGGGUGGUUAUGGUGGUAUGGGUGGUGGUUAUGGAUCUCCUUAUGGAUAUGGUUAUUAG